CGAAAGAAAUUCGGAUCGUAAACAUAAAGAGUGAAAUGUUUUCGCUCUAAUGAAACGGUAGUGCAAAAUGUUUCAUUUGGAUGUUCAUAAAGCAUAACAUAACUAAGGUUGAGAGAUGGACGUUUAGUUUUUUGAAACAUAGUCUUUCGGAAGAAAUGAAAGCGUCUAUAACAACCCCAAUUCAGAGUGCCGAAUUUUCUCGGAGGAAUUUUUUGGUAACGAAUAGAUUUUCAGAUAAACGCAUUUGAAGAUGAUCUCUACAACACAAAAAUGACUUCAUCUACAAAUGGACUAUGUGACUGUGCAAUGGCUCUUUUGUCAGCCAAAUCUUCAACAGAUGAGCAGAUCAUGUUGAAAUCCAUUCACAGACAUCUCUCUGAUCUCACUGGUGCAGCAAAAGGGUUUCAGAAUGGGAAUGGAAAUCAGAAUCAUUUUCAUGGAGAAAUGUCAACCCAUCACCUUGAGUCUCAGAUUGUGGUUUUAAUUUCUGAUCAAGAUGUGCUGAAUAAGUUGACUUGCUAUGUGUUUGAUAGAAGAUAUGGAUGGUCAGAGGCAGGCAGAGAUGGAAUGAGACGAGUUAGAAGAAUGUCCAGCACUGGAACUACACUGGAAGCCAGUGAUGGACACAUGAAAGCAGUGUUAAAUGACCUUCUUGAUAAUAUUAUCAGGUGGUACAUCCACCAGCCCCUCUCUGUUCAAUUAGUUCAUGCAUUUGAGUAUACAAUGAAGCAGGUCUCUGAUGUCCAUGUUGUCCGAAACAGAACGAUCAUUCACUUCAUGGAGUGGCUAAGACAAAAUCAAGAAGAAUUACAGGACUUUGAAUGCACCCAAUUGAUACAAAAAUUAAUCAUAGCAGCAUUAACUGAUGUUUGGUCAGCCAUACGAAAUUCUUGUGCCAAAAGUUUGGGACCAAUAGUGUCACAUCUUUCCGUUGUUGAACAAGAAAAGAUAUUCCAGAAACUUGUUAAGCUGUGUGUCUCUGAGACCUCCUCAUGGCAAGCUGUUGAGGGUGCAAUAAUGGGUAUAAACUCCAUCAUUCAGCAGUAUACAGAGAAAGCUGACUCUAGAUCCACCACUCCACAAUUCUCUCUCCACAACCAGUCCAUGGAUAUCCCACAGGUGCCAAAUUUCAUAUCGUCAGAGAUUCACAAUGUUGUGUUUAAAUUGCUGUAUCACUCCCAGCUAACCAUCAGGGAACAUGCGGCCAAGGCAUUGUCCACUUACAUAUCAUGUAGUGAUGUCCAGGAAGCCUACUCGACAUUCCAACAAGUUAUUCAGCAGCUUUUAAAAGACGUCGUUGGGUCUACAGACGUUCUCAGCUCUGUGGAAUCUAUUAAGUUGCCAAUCCAGUUCCUAGAUGCCUAUGCAGCUGAAGGCUUACUCAGUGUGUGUCUGUCAAUCAUCAAGGUGUUGCCGCUACAGAUGAUGCUGUCUGACUGGCUGACCUACACCAACACCUUCCUUUUGUAUCUCUCCCACCCAGCCUCCACGGUCAGGCAGGCCACCAGCUCCAUAUUCAGAUACCUGGUGUCUAAGUGCAGCCACUGUCCUGUCCUGGUCAGUCUGCUGCUACAGUCAUUGGUUCAGGGCUGGAUCCCCAACACAGACAUCUUACAGAGGGAGGAAAAAACAACAGCAGACCAGAGCUGUUCUAGUCAUGUCAGAGCUUCAGUCACCAGCAACAAAGGCUUCCUCCUAGAUGCCUGGGAGAGCAGAGAAGGGAGGCUACUGGCGUAUGAGUUGAUCAUGAAGUUCUUCAUCAAAAACCACUGGUUGUACACGUUUGGUCCAGCUGCAUCCUCUCAACUCAGGAGACAAAACACCGACUCAGAGAUACAAUCAGAAGAUGAAGAUAAUAUUCCAGAGGUAAAGAUCAAAGAGCAUGAGAGAACUCACAGUAUAUCCUGUACUGAAGAAUUUGAGAAGACUAAUGUUGUGUUCCAUGACUCUACCUCGGAGCAGUCCCUACCACAAAUGAGGAGAAUGUUCUACAGAAAGGUGCAAUUUAAAAGUGAAGGCGGACUAAGGGUCCUAGGAUAUGAGAAAAUGAAUGGUGAUACAGGAGGGAGAAUCUCUAGGUACAGCCUGUUAUCAAUCCUCAGUCAGUUACAGAAUAUAGACUGCACUGUCAAUAACAAGCAUCCCAAUGGUAGUCAGCAGAUUAGAAACUCCACUUUCUACCAGAAACUUCAGGACACUCUUGGUAACAAGACCCCGCCGGAAAUGGAAUGGAUGACUAGUGUGCAGUUAACUCCCCUGAAGCAGACCCUGAAACGGAUCCUCCUACAGACUGUGGAGAGCUUGGCCGACUCCCAGUGGGAGCUCAGGAGGAUCACCAAACAGGUGUUGCCCUGCCUAGCUGAGGUAAUUCGAUGGUAUGACAUUGGCACACUGGAGGAGAUCUGGCAGGCCCACCUGUCCACCAGACCCAGUCUGCUGACCUAUGCUGCAGUUAUGCUGCUCCAGGAAUCUAUGCUGCACUGUAUCCACCUCACUCCACUUUUACAGAGGCCUCCAUCCACUUGGCAGCAUGAAGAUUCCUGUAAACAGAUCCUCCAGAAGAUUGUGUCCAGUGUGACGGAUCAGAUUCCGACCUGUCUUCCCAGUCUGGACAAACUCGUACAACGAUCCCGCUAUGACCGUCUGUCUGUCCUAGCAGCCACCACCAUCAUAUUGGCCCACGCACACUUUGAUAUCCCCUCAGACCAGCGAGUGAGCCAGAUUGCCUCCGUCCUGUCCUACUGGAAGCUGCUGUUUGGCUUCACCCACCCUAACACAAGGAUCAGCAAGGAGCUCCUACAGCAGGGCACAGACAUCAGGCUCUUCUCCUCGCCUUUUGAAGGAUAUCUGAGUUGUUGUCUGGUCAAACCAGAAAACAAAUUCCAAUGUGCAAAACAGGUAGAGAAGGUGUUUGUGAGUGCUUCACAUCGAGCGUUACAGAGCUUCCUCCAGAAACUGCCCGUGGAGAGUGUGUGCUCCCUGAUGCCCAUUGUUGCCCACUAUUCCGGGCUCUUCAUUGAGGAGAGCUCAAUCUGUAGGAAUAUGAGAGAUUGUCUGCAUCGUGUAGGAAUUAGAGUGGUGGAGUAUGUCACCCAGAGCAGGGACGACAAACAAACAUGUCUGAUGUGUCUCCAUCUGACCCUCAAAGAGCUGGCAGCCAUAGUAACACUUAAGAGUGCGGAGGUACACCUGGUCCAGCGGUACCUGAGCAUUUACCUGACUCUGUGUAAGCCCAUGAACCCGGUCAAACACCUGAGGUCCAUUUUCCUGGCUAUUUGUUCCAGAGUCAGUGAGGGCAUACACUUCAGUGUAGAUCACUCCCCCCGGCCCAACGACGACCUGUGUCUGCUGUCUAAUGACAUCCCCAUACCCUCCACCAACAGUUCCGAGUCCCUCAGUGACCUAGAUGUGGAGGACACAGUCAUUAUUGGUAGUCCAGGUCAUUUCCCAGAAUCCCUCACUUUGAAUUUGAGUAACAGCAGCCUGCCAUCAGGUCUUAUAAGCUCUUUGAGUCAGGGGAGUGACAGAGAUGGUGCCAAGUCUCCUUCUGACAAAGAUUCCGAGAGCUCGGACUGGGAUAGCUGGGAUGAGGACAACAAUGAGGAGCAGUCCGCAUUGACUCAAGCGUUUGGAGAGUUUCUGAAGUGUUUGAAAAAAAUAUGUGAUUCAAGUUCCCAUGGAUUAUUUGAAGCAGAAUUGAAAAAGUUAGAAACAAGAGAAAGAUCACUCAUCAGGGAGAUUAUAUCCAAUUAACAUUGUGAAAGACCACUAAUCUAAAAUAAUUGUUGAUAGAUGUACAGUUGUAUAACCUCCAGUUGUUUGCUGUCAUAUUAAAGAUGGUGGCUUUAUUGACUAACUGUGUUGUUAGAUAGAUCUAAUAUCUGAUAUAAUUGAAUGCAUUAAAAUGUUUAAUAUUGUUAAUAAUUGAAUAUGCUUUAAUUAAUAACAUGCAAAGAGCUGUAAACGAAAACUACAAAGCAUUAAUUUCUAAUGGUGUCUAAAGCAUAAGUACACAAAGUUGGAGCAUUUCUUACUUGUCAAUUUGAUAUUGACACUAAAAAAAUCUUGUUAUUUUUUCAUAUUUAUAGAGUAUUUUAUCUGAACUGUUUAUUGUUCCACAAUCUGUUUGUUACAGUCUGCUUCUGGUCAGCAAUGACCUUGUUAUCUGACUAUAAUGACACAGUUUUUGUUCCAUAUGUGCUUAUUUUUAUGUAGACACUAGAUAGACUUGAAGCUGUAGUAUAGAUGUAUUUAUUGUAGAAUAGAUUCUACCUCAUUUCAAAUGAUGUCUACUCUCUUUUAUUGUUUACAUUGUUAGACAGGUCUGCUCCCCUGGGACGUUAGUGAUUAACUCUCUAAUUUCUGUGAUACAUUUUUGAAUUAAUUAAGUGCUUGAUAGAGUUUAAUUUUAAUGUUGUCGGCUUUUAUGAUAUGAUGUUACCCAUUUUAGUACAUAGGAUUUUAUUGUCACGUAAUUUAAUUAUCAUUGUUACACAAUGUGUUUUAGUUUUUAAGUCUGCCAAAGUUUUAAUUGGAAAAAUAUUAAGAUUGUACAGUGAUAUUAGUUUUACCGGUAACUCUUUUUUCAGUUUAUGCAUGAUGCUAAAUCUAGAUGUUAUACGUGAUCUCUGUUUGUUUUAGUUUUUUCAGCAGGGAAAAAUCUUGCCGCAUUAAGUUUGAAAUAAUGGUUUAUGUACAUUUUAUUAAUGUGGGGUUUACUGAUUGACUCAUUAAUAAGCAACUUUAUGCAUUUACUAUUUUCAAAUAAGUUAAAUCAUUAUGAUAUACCUGUAUAAAGCUAAAAAAUUAAAUUGAAGUUUACAAUUUUUUGUGUGGGGAAACUCAAACACAAUAGACAACAUUAAUUUACAAGUAAUAAAGACGGAUUUGAUUCAGACAUAAAAACAUAGUUAAGGAAGUGUGACAGUUAAUUGUGACUGCUUGGUACAUUUCUAAAAGAAGUGGUUUAUUGUGCAUGUAAGUUUAAUUAAUGUUUCCAGUAUUUUUUAAGGUAUACCGGUAUGUCACUAAAUAGUUAUAUAUGAUUACCAAUACAGUUUGUUUUGUAUUUUGAUUUAUUAAUUUUUGUUAUAACUAUGUCUGUUAGGUUAGAAUUGCUUAAGGCUUGAUGUUAUAAAUUACUUUUGAAGUUUUGCUCUUAUAAACAAACUUUAAAAACUAUUGGAGACAUUUUAGAAAUAUAUGAUCAAAGACAAGUAACCCACUGGGCAGAGCUUUCUCAAAUCCUCAAAAACCAUAGUAAUUCUUACACAAUUUUCUCUUUUGGAAAAUGUGCAUGAUGAAGUUUUACUCGAUGUGAAUAGAUCAUAAUUUCUGUAAGAAAUAUUUAGUACUAUUUUGAUUAUAAGAAGAAAAAAAUAGAUGAACAUUUUUUACAGGAUAAUAUAUCAAUACUGUUUAUGUAGAGAAAUGUUUCUUAUAUCAGACAAAAUAAGGAGAGUUAAUUACCUCUUCUUACCCUUCUAUCAGAACAAUUAUGUGAACGUCAAACUACAGGUUACUUUCUCGUCCCAGAUACAUGUAACUUAUGUGAUGAAAAUAAUUGUUUUAACUCAUGAACUAUCAUUUAAUUUUUACCACAUCAUUAACAUCAUCAAAAACUGGCAUCUAGUACUGCAUUUUAUUCCGUCCAAUUAUUUGCUAGUUUUAAUGGUCUGUUUUUGUUUACAACUUUUCAUUGUAAAACUUUAACUAUAUGUAUAUUUAUUGAAAUAAACAUAUUCUUUCUGAGA